CUAAUAAUAACAGUGAUCUUCAUUUUGCUGUGUUUCCGAUAUCGAUAUCAUGUAAGAGUGUGGCUCUAUUCAAGAGGAUUGAAAUGUUUGAAAAAAAGAGGCGAAAGAGAUGUUGGAAAACUGUUUGAUGCUUAUAUUUCUUUGUCCGAUGUAGACGCCUCAGAGGUUCGAAAACACUUUCUACCAGUACUGGAACUGAAGCACCCGUUCUAUAAAUUAUUUGUACCCCAGAGAGAUAUUAAAACUGGAAAUUUCGAAAUAAACAAUCUGAUGAGACGAAUGGUGGAUUGCAAAUGUACAGUCGUUUUGCUCACUAAGAACUACUUGGAAAACGAGUUUUGCAUGGGGAUAUUUAGAAUGGCAUUUGCGAAUUCGUUGGAGGAGAAAUUGCAUCAGAUCAUCCUUGUGAAGUUUGGACCCCUUCCACCCCUGAAAGAGAUGGAUCAGAGUCUGAAGACAGUGAUGGAAUCGUCGAGAUGUCUCAAGUUCGAAGAUAAGUUAUUCUGGGAUAUGCUGCGAUACGAAAUGUCUGAAAAACGUCUUGAUACUGGCAUUGAUUACGAACUGCAAGAAGAUAGCUCUGAUGAUGUUCCUUUAAUACAAGAGUUCUGAGUGCAUAUUAUAUCUAGAAAUUAAGUGUGCAUAUAUUUUAAUUUUUAUUUCCUACAACCAAAAGAAAUGUCCAAGAAUCUGU